UUGAUGAUCUAACACCAUUCUAUUUUGUAGAGACGCGCAGCAAGUGGAAGCACUGGCUCUUCUUGGAAAGCAUACCAACUUUUAUAGCAAGAAGAUCCAAUGAUCUAUUCUGAUAUGCAUAAUUGGAAUAUUUAAUUAUGGUAAAUUGUAGAUGGAAAGCCAUUAAAUUUGAGGAAUGUGAAUGCCUUUACCAUAGAAAAAGUUUUACACCCGCACUUCCAUUUCCAUUUCCUAUCUAUAUGCGUCUACAAUACCAGCUAACAGGAUAUGAGCUGAUUGUUCUAGUGUCUCUCAAGCAAAAGCCUUUUCUCUCUCCCUCAAAAAACAUGGACUUUCAAAGGUUCUCUUCUGUCCUUCUUGCCAUUUUUAUAAUUAUGAUUAUAUUUUCUAGUCUUUGUUUAGCAAGCCCAUCAAGCAAUGUGAAGUGGAGAAAGCAGAAUAACAGGAGCAACUGUGAUGUGUACCAGGGGAGUUGGGUCUACGACGACUCGUAUCCUCUCUACAAUUCAUCAGCAUGCCCUUUCAUUCGCAAGGAAUUUGAUUGUUUCGAGUAUGGUCGUCCUGAUCAUCUCUAUCUUCAGUACAGAUGGCAGCCCACUACCUGUGACUUGCCAAGGUCCGAUGGCCAAAAUUUUCUGCAGAGUCUUCAGGGCAAGAAGAUUAUGUUCAUAGGGGACUCUAUAAGUCUCAAUCAGUUUGAAUCAUUAUUAUGCUUGCUUCAUGCUUCUGUGCCUAACGCCAAUAUCAGGGAGGAGAAAAAUACCUCUGUUCCUACUGUGAUUUUUGAGGACUAUGAGGUAUCCAUAAUGUUGUUUCAUUCUCUGUUACUAGUAGACGUGGAACAGGAAGACAUUGGUCGAGUUUUAAAACUUGAUUCCCUCAAGGAUGGCAACAUAUGGAAGGAUAUGGAUGUUCUGGUUUUCAACACUUGGCUCUGGUGGUACCGAAGAGGACCUAAGCAACCAUGGGAUUAUGUUGAAGAUGAUGGCACCAUUCUUAAAGACAUGGAUCGUAUGGUUGCUUUUCGCAAAGCUUUAACAACAUGGGCAAAAUGGGUUGAUUCUGAAGUGGAUACAAAUAAAACCAGAGUCAUUUUUCAGGGGAUUUCUCCUUCCCAUUACAAUGGGACAGAAUGGAAUGAGCCAAAAGUGAUGAAUUGUUCGAAGGAAACACAGCCAAUAAGUGGAUCAACUUACCCUAGUGGCUUGCCAUUACCAUUAUAUGUACUGGAAGAUGUAUUGAGUAGUAUCGAGAAACCAGUCCACUUGCUCAAUAUAACAACACUUUCACAGCUGAGAAAGGAUGCACAUCCAAGCUCUUAUAAUGGGUUUAGGGCCAUGGAUUGCACCCAUUGGUGCAUUGCUGGAGUUCCAGACACUUGGAAUGAACUUCUCUAUACAGCUCUUAUUAAUUAGAAGACGAGAAUGAAAAUACAAAUUUAAUUGAAUAAAUAUAGAUAUCAUAUUUAGUCACUGAAAGUACAGCUAACAAUCCAAUGGACAUGGACUGAUAUAUUCAACAAGAGCCAUUGGCUUAAUAGCCCAAUAACUGAGUGUUAAUUUUUAGCGAAAGAGAUUAGAGGUCUAAAUCUUAGUAGCCCCAUCUCGUUUAAGAAUUUUCAAAUUUUAUUCUAUGAAUAGAUAUAAUUGAGAUUUUUUUUUCUUCCAUGAUGGGAGAAUCAAUUGAUUUGAUUGUUUUGUGUAUAAUUAAGGUGCUA